AUGGAGGGCUCGUUUUCCGGCGUGAUGAAUCAACCAGAUCGGGGGGAAUUGGGAGGGAAUCCGAUGGUUGUUCAGCAGUACGCGAGAUAUCCACCAGCGAUGGAGCCUGCGCUGCCCAGUGCCUCGUCCAUUGAUAGCUCUCGCAGUCGAGUGGCUGCCUCCAAAUCACCUUCACUUCAGCAUAAAGAGACCCCGCGCAGUCUACAGACAUCCCCGACAGUUCAGCGAUCAAUGAUUCAUCGACCACCGUCGGUGCGGUCGGGGCCGUCAAUGUCCCCUCCAGUGUUUGAUUCAAUGCGCCAGAGACAAUCGAGAGAGUCAAUGGACCAAGCAGAGGCCCGGACACUGCCUCCACGAGAUAUUACGGAUCAAAAUAUUGACGAUGCAUAUGUGGCGUUCAUUUUCUACUGCAACCCCAAUGUUCCCAGUUCCGUGGACUCGUCUGAGCUACGGAAGACGUUUCGAUCGCCUCCUCGCAGUGAUGGAAAGAGCUUUAGCAUCUUCAGCUUGUGGGAGCUGAUCCAGAGGUUUGACGCCAAGGAAGUGAAAACGUGGAUUCAAUUGGCCAUUGAGCUUGGAGUUGAGCCUCCAUCUAUUGAGAAGAAGCAGAGCACGCAGAAGGUGCAGCAAUAUGCUGUUCGACUCAAGCGCUGGAUGAGAGCGAUGCAUGUUGAUGCUUUUUUCGAGUUUUGCCUUGAUCAUCCUCAUUCAUACUAUACACAGCGCCCCGCCGCCAAUGCAUUGGUCAGCGAUAGUCGUGACGGGGUUCCAUUGGAAGAAGAUCUUGCUUUGCGGGCACUUGUCCCACAAUGGAAGCCAAAGCGAGGCAGGAAGAGGGCAGAAGACAAGGAAGACGACGAAAAGCCAGCUAAACGGCCUCAGUUGGAUACUUCUGUCGGAAUCUUACAUGGUGGCCCUUUUCAGCCACAUUCUGCUGCCUUUCCCCAGAGUGCAAUUCCUUUUAGCGCUUUUCCAGACGAAGUGGAGUCUCAUGACCCGUGGAUGACAGCAACGUCUGCAUUCCCGGCCGAUGCGCCGCAAACUCAGCAGGGACAGGAUUUAAGAUGGCGCGCCCUCGAACGCGAUGCGUCUCCCGCCAAUUACCCGCAAUCAGCCAUUAUUCCUCGAGGGCAUCACCCCUCAGAUGUCUUUCUCUCUGCUGAGCCACGAUCAGCAAUCACGCCUCCCCCUGGUGACAAGGCACGAUCACGCAGACGCCAUGGGCCAGCUGUGUCGUCCGCUUGGCCCAGCAGCAACGGUUCAUCCACCGGAAAAGCUCGAGGCCGACCACCAAAUCGUGGAAUUGUUUCGGGUCCAUUUUCUUCGUUCCCUGUGAAUCCGGCGCGUGACGAGUCAUCUCAUGGGGAGCAUUCCGCUCGACCGACCUCUGCAGUGGGAAUGGACCAAAAUCCUUUUAAUCAAUUUCACUCGCCUACCCCUUUCCAGCAAGGUGCUAAACCCGGAAAACUUCAACUACAAGUUCCGCAGAAUACAGGUGCACCUGUCCGUCUAGCAACACCGCCUACAGUCAUGGUGAACGGAACUGAUCCAUCAAGAGCUGAGCCUGCGCCUGAUACUUUGGGUGCACAGCCAACCGACAUUAAACCUGAUAACCUGUAUGAGGAGCUCGUGCGGGUGUUCGCGGAUGAAAUUCGGCGCGCAGACAUGGGAAGUAGACAUUCGCCAUUUAGACCUGAUGAGGCACGCGGUCUAGCAAGGGCUGCUAUCAAGCAAGUCACGUCUUCGUUGCCAAACCUGUCUCAAGCAAGUUCGACGCGCUUGGUCGCCUUUCAUCUCGGAUUCGGGUCACUUGCUGGUUAUCAAGGGCCCAUUUCCGGGUCCACGGUGGUGCACGGGCAUUCAUCAUCCAUGGUCCUUGGAGCAAAUAUACCUUCCGGGUUUAUAUAUAGAGUCGAACGCGAAUACACCUAUGGCUCUGGCCUUGUAACAAAGGUCACCUGUCGCGGGCUGCGCAUUGAGCCCGACGAUAAAAUAGACACCGCAUCGCAAACCGAGGAAUCCAAUAACAUAAACGAACUGGAUGGUCAUAGUGACGCGGAAUUCGAGGUCGACGGUUCUGAGAACGGCGUAUCAGACGCUACAUGGAAACAGCGGUAUAUGCGCCUUCGAGCGCAAAUUCAGAAGAAGGAGAAAUCUUUGUCGCAGUAUAAGCGCAAGAUAAUGGAGUCUGUCAUGGCGGAAAUUUAG